AUGAGCCCCAAAAUCCAGAAUGAACUGAUUCUAACAACAUCUCAGCUGCUGCGAAAGUCUUUGGUCACUGAGAUAAAUGAAUGUCCAUUUUGGUCAAUUGUACUGGAUACCACAAGUGACAUAAACAGAGUAGAUCAGCUCAGUGUCACUGCUCGGUGGGUUAAAGUACAAAACGAGAAUGUUACCAUUAAGGAAACUUUCCUUGGUUUUAUAUCUGUAACAGACGGAACAGCGGCCGGCCUCGUAGAAACAACAUGCAAAUAUGUCGAAGAUAUUGGACUUGACAUGGAAAAGCUCCGUGGUCAAGCUUACGACGGGGCGAGUGUCAUGAGUGGUGUUCACAAUGGCGUACAAAAGCUGAUAAAAGAUCGUUCAUCAAAGCCUGUGCCAUUCAUUCAUUGCGCAGCACACAAUUUAAACCUUGUUAUAAAUGAUGCCGUAGAUUCCGUUGUUGAUAACGAUAACUUUUUCGGAGUUAUUCAAUCCAUUUACGUAUUUUUCUCAUCGUCCAUAAAUCGGUCAAGAGAUUUACAGUUGCUCGCUGUUGAUUCGUCCUUGUCUUUAAAGGGUAGAUUCGGUCCGUGGAGUGCGGGACAGAUUUGUUGACAUUUUGAAGCGACUGACAGUCUGACAGUCAUUUCGUUGACCAGCAAGGAUAAAAAUAACGUGAUGAAGCAGUUGGCAUCAAGAAGAACAUUGCAAAAAUUGACUUUAUCAUAAAUCUAGUUCUCUGGGAGAGAAUUUUGUCAUGUACCAACUCCACAUCAAAGGAACUGCAAUCGAAAAAUGUCGACCUCAGUGCCGCUUCCAGACUUUUAUCCAUUAGUUUGUCAGAACUAAGGUAUUUGCGAAAUUCAUGGGAGUUCGUUCGAAUGACCGCAAAUGCCCUUGCUGCAUCAUGGGGCAUUCCCAUUGAGUUUGAGAAACGACGUAAGCGUGGGGUAAAACAGUUCUUCGACGAAUUGGCUUCCGAUUCUAGGAUCGAGGAUUCAGAAAGAGCUUUUAAAAUAAACAUCUUUUACAGAACCAUUGAUGUUGCUGUAACACAGAUAGAAGUGCGUUUUAAAGGAAUGCAAAUGGUCGCAGAGAAAUUUGAUUUUCUGUUCCCAUGA